AUGGCGCCGAAGAAGACGCCGAAGGGCAAGUCGGGCUUCUUCGGCGUGAAGCAGAAGCCCUCCGGUAACUGGGGAGUGGAGUUCUCCGAUGCCGGGAGGCGUUGGUGGGUCGGCACGUACCCCUCCGCCCAUGAGGCCGCGCGUGCCUACGACGUGACGGUGUGGCGUGCCGGGAGGCCUCGGGAGCACCUCAACUUCCCAGAGAUCGAGAGUCGGGUGGAAGCGGAGAUGCUUGUGCCGCAGGGCAUCAAGAUGAAGGAGAUCACGACGAAGAAGCCGUCGGUUGUCGUCAAUGCCGGCGAGACCGACGAGGAGGCGAUGGCAAGGUUUGCUCGGGAGCAUCCGGAGUACGUCCAGGCCGAGCUGGAGCACUACUGGAAGCGUGAGGCGGAGCAAAAGAAGAAGGAGGACGAGGCCGGUCCCUCGACGGUGAUCCCCAUCGAGUCCUCUUCCGAGGAGGACUGGGCAGACUUCUCGGAGGAGGAGGAGGAGGAGGAGGAGGAGGAGGAGGAGGAGGAGGGGUGCGACGACGUGGAGAAGGACGAGUUCUGGGAGCAGUUCCGCAACUCCGACGAUGAGGAGUAG